GCGAAGAAGAUCAGUCUAAAAAGAAACACUGUUGGAUAAACAACGCAAAAUGUCGAGUUCGGGAAUUGUAUUGUACGGAGCGGAUCUCAGUCCGUGUGUGCGAACCGUAAAACUGACCUUGAAGGCCCUUAACUUGGACUACGAGUAUAAGGAAGUGAAUCUCCAAGCGGGAGAGCACCUUUCCGAGGAUUUCCUGAAGAAGAACCCCCAGCACACGGUUCCCGUGCUCGAUGAUAAUGGAACCUUCCUCUGGGACUCCCAUGCCAUCAUCACUUACUUGGUGGACAAGUACGGAAAGUCCGAUGAGCUGUAUCCCAAGGAUUUGGUGAAGCGGGCAAUCAUCAACCAGCGUCUGUUUUUCGACGCUAGUGUUAUCUUCGCCGGUCUUGCCAACGUCAGCGGUCCCUUCUGGAUAAGUGGGAUCACUGAGGUGCCCCAGGAGAAGCUGGACACCAUUCACAGGGGUCUGAAGCUGCUGGAGACCUUCCUGGGCAACAAUCCCUACCUGGCGGGAGAUUCUCUGACCCUCGCCGAUCUCUCCGCUGGAGCAACUGUGAGUGCUCUGCCCGCUGCAGUUGACAUUGACUCUGUGGAGUAUCCCAAGAUAACUGCCUGGCGCGAACGACUCAACCAGAUCCCCUACUUCAAGGAGAUCAAUGAGGCGCCUGCUCAGGCCUACGUCGACUUCCUCCGCAGCAAGUGGACGAAGCUGGGGGAUAAGAAACAAACCGUAAAACUUACCCUGAAGGCUUUGAACUUGGAGUACGAGUACAAGGAGGUCAAUCUGCAGGCGGGAGAGCACCUCUCCAAAGAUUACCUCGAAAAGAAUCCCCAGCACACAGUUCCCGUGCUCGAUGAUAAUGGGAUCAUCCUAUGGGAUUCCCAUGCCAUCGCCACCUACUUGGUGGAUAAGUAUGGCAAAUCGGAUGAGUUGUAUCCCAAGGAUCUGGUCAAGCGGGCGUUGAUCAACCAGCGUCUGUUCUUCGAGGCCAGUGUCACUUUUCCCGGGCUGUAUAACAUAGCCAGACCAUUUUGGUUUGAAGGUGUUACCGAGGUGCCCCAGGAGAAGCUGGACACAGUGCACCGGGGUCUCAAGUUGCUGGAAUCCUUUCUGGCCAGUAGCUCGUAUCUGGUUGGGGAAUCGCUGACUCUGGCCGAUUUGACAGCUGGACCAACGGUUAGUGGCCUUCGCGCUGUCGUCGAUAUCGAGUCAGCAGUGUAUCCCAAGAUCACCGCCUGGUUGGAUCGCCUUAACCAGAUUCCCUUCUACAAGGAGAUAAAUGAAGGCCCGGUUCAGGAAUACGUCGCAUUCCUUCGCAGCAAGUGGACCAAGCUGGGGGAUAAAAUUAAUUCCGGCAACAUGCUUGUAGUAAUAGAAUCGCCGCCGGUUUACCUACACAUAAUGUCGAAUACUGGAAUCAUUUUGUACGGAACGGACUGGAGUCCCUGUGUGAGGACUGUACAACUUACCCUGAAGGCUUUGAACUUGGACUACGUGUACAAGGAGGUCAAUCUGCAGGCGGGGGAGCACCUCUCCAAAGAAUACCUCGAAAAGAAUCCCCAGCACACAGUUCCCGUGCUCGAUGAUAAUGGGAUCAUCCUAUGGGAUUCCCAUGCAAUCGCCAUCUACUUGGUGGAUAAGUAUGGUAAAUCGGAUGAGUUGUAUCCCAAGGAUCUGGCCAAGCGGGCGAUCGUCAAUCAGCGUCUGUUCUUCGAGGCCAGUGUCAGUUAUCCCGGGCUAUCAAACAUAGUUCGACCAUUUUGGUUUGGAGGGGUAACCGAGGUGCCCCAGGAGAAACUGGACACAGUGCACCGGGGUCUCAAGUUGCUGGAGUCCUUCCUGGCCAGCAGCUCGUAUCUGGUUGGGGAAUCGCUAACCUUGGCCGAUCUAGCAGUUGGACCCACUGUUAGUGGCCUGCGUGCAGCCGUCGACAUCGAACCAGCGGAGUAUCCCAAGAUCACCGCCUGGUUGGAUCGCCUCAACCAGAUUCCCUUCUACAAGGAGAUCAAUGAAGGCCCGGUUCAGGGAUAUGUCGCUUUCCUGCGCAGCAAGUGGACCAAGCUGGGGGCCUAAGGAGACCCACCAAAGACGAAAAAUCCAACAUCAAAAAUAAUAAAACACAUAUAUAUUUUUUAUGUAUAAUUCCCACCAUGCAAAAUUUAAAAAAAUUAGCUUUUAAAUAUAAAUGAUUUCCU